GCUUGAAAUUGACUGAAGGGAGCUGCAGGCCAGCCUGUUGCGCACUUGGCGGCACACGCAGACAGCGCACCACAGCUGCGUGGAUGGACAGAACGAGCAAUGAACCUCCCUUAAUGACCUCCACUGGCGAUCUUAUGAUUGGAUGCCUAUCGGGCGCGCUUUCCUUCUAAUUUAACAAGAGCUUAUUAACGUGUCACCCUCUGAGUCGGAUACAGACUGUACGCAUCUCCAGGAGCCGGGGCAGAAAGGACACUUGAGGCUGUCGACAGCAGGAAGUACAGAAGUACAAGUGCCUGGAUCGGUCUCUGCUGACAUUUUUCAGAGAUGCUCAAUAAUGCAAUCAAGACUCUAAGUCUGACAGUCCAUGUGUACCCUGCUGCAACGCACGCACUGACGAGUUGCAGACACCUGUGGUGCAGUGUGUACAGUGUGUAUGUGUGUGUGGCUUGCCCUGUGUGUGUAUUUGUCCAUACACAAUCUGCUGAGUUUACAGCACUUGGGAGCUCAGGACUUAAGUCAAAGAGUAUGGUUCAGCUGUCCACCUCAGUCUGCCUGCUGGGAGGCCUUUUAGGCCUGUUUUUGCUGCAGCCUGUUCUGAUGGCUCCGACGCCAGCCAGCAUGUGCACGCCCUUAAAAACGCUCAACGACAGCCUCAGCCACAGGCGACGGUACAUGAAGCACAACUUCCCCAUCAACUACACCAUUAGGGUUCAUCAGAAGGAAGUCUUUAAAUUGUCAAACAUCAAUAGACUGAAGUUACAGGUGGAGGGGUUGGAUGAGCUGGUUCUCCAGAGGCUGUGGUUCCAGGUCAACCAAGGCGUGUUAAAAAAGAUCAUCCGGGUUUUGCCAGAGAGACAUCCUUCGCGUUCAUACACUGCUGAGUUGGAAAGACGCUUCAUGGAUGCUGAGGGAGUCUUUGUCCAGUCGCAUCCCGCUGAGGUGUUCCAGCAGGAACUCCCAGAGACUAUCCAGGACAUUUGGGAUAGUUUAACAGAAGAGCCCAACAUAGUGCCAGAGUCCAGCUGGCGAUUUGCUUCUCCGAAAUCCCUCCUAGACAACUUCUGCCAGACCAUGUACUGCCUCUUCAGUGAGUGCUUUGCCAGCACAGAAGCGCAGCAGGACUACUGUGGUGUUUCCUAUUGGCGGAAAGGCAGGAAGAAAGACUUACAGCCCGAAAGCUGAGAAGAGGCCAGUGGGGUGAAGUUGUCCCUGUUGAUACUGAUUAGGGAUUAGAAUAAGUUUUCUCCCUUGAGGUGUAGGGAGAGGGGUAAAAGGACUAUCCACACUGAAACAAGACAGUUCAGUACUGAUUUGUGAACAUCAAUAAGUCUCUCCCAAAUCAACCAAAGAGGGCCAAUGUUGUCAUGAUGAUAUGAUGAAGACACCAAUCCUGUUGUGGCUCCAUCAAUAACAGCUAAAAUUGUAAGCACAGUAACAGUAUUCAUGAUGAUUUAUGUGCAUAUUUCUGUUAAAAUUACAUAAAGCUCAUGCUGGAGUAAAAUCCUAAACUCCAUAAAUUUUCUGAAGAAUUUGUCUCUUUAUGGCAUCUCAGACUGAUGCUGUGGUAUUCAGGUUUCUAGUUUUGGAAGAGAAUUGUUCAUGUUCACAUAUAUCGAUUAAACUGUUUUAUGAUCAAUACAUUAGAGGGGAAUGCAGUGCAAGCUGCUUAAUCCUUGUCAGCGAAGGGUUAACUUCACCAGGGGUGAGGACAUCGCUGUGGCCUUGCCAAAUCAUUGUCCAAAAAGCCUGCGAUGUGCCCCGUGGACCUGCCUGGUCCACCUGAGAAACCAACAAGAAGCAGCAAGAGAGACUUUGGAUUGUUAUUAUACUGAAAAACAUCAACUGAGUUUGUUUGUACCAUAGCCAGACUUCUCUUCUAUGAAUGCAGUGGGCUAGAGUAAGAGCAGUGUACAUGAGCUGAACUUCAAACCUAAUAGCAAACUGAUAACUGCUGUUUUCUUUUCCCUCUUCAGUUGCUGACUAUGCAUUUCUCAACCUCCUGCCUACAUUUAAGCAUUGUUCUACAAGUGUGUUAUAGGCCCAUAGUGCAUGAACAAAAGCUCUAUAUUUCUUUCAAUAUUUUUAUCAUGCGAGAGUGAGAGCUGAACCCAGACAAACUACUAUAUGUUCAUCUCAGUCCAUCCAAGAUAUGCAUUUUGAUAUUUACUGUAGAUCUGUUAUGGGUUUCUUUUUUUUUUUUUCACCAGGAACCUAUCAAGUAUUUUGAUAACGCAUUAUCUGUGCAGCUUAGAGAGUGAUCAUAAGCAUUUCAAAUAUGAAGCAACAUCACAGUCAGAAUUUGUUAACUUUAAAAUCAGGCCUCAAUACAUUUACAAAUGUAAUAGAUAAAAAACGUAACAAUAAUUACAUGGUCGCCAUGAUAUUUGGCCAAUGGAAACUUAUUAUCUAACAUGAUAAUACGUUGCAUUUGUUAGUGUACAAAAACGUGACACUCUUGUUUGUGGUAUUUUGAGUUGUUACUUUCAUAUGUAUUGAGUGGUUUACAUUUUUUACACUCCAACAAAUUCUGACUAAGAUUUUACUUCAAAGAAAGUAGUUCCUGCCAUUUCUUCAUCUGAGAUUUUCCAUCAGUUUGUGUCAGCUCUGGCUGUCUUAAUAUUUUCCACUUUUACAACUCAACUCAAGGCUAUCUAUGAAAUGUGUUCAAUUGUCAGGUUUUGAGGAAGUAAGUUAGUUAUAUUAUGGAAAUCAUACCUUUGUUUAAUAGGCACUAUGAUUGUAAGGUUCAAUGUAUAAUAGGAUAAUGUAAACAUGUGAAAAAAGCAUGAAAAAUGAAGGCAAGUCAACUGUAUUUGUACAACAUACUGUAUUAUUGCAUGCAAUGUCAAUAGGAUUUACUGGCCCACAUCAGGAAUGGCUCUCAACAGAACAUGUCACCUAAAUCCAAACACAUGUGUGCAUGGGAGAAACCUUGGGAGAUGCAGUACAACUGACUAUUCAAAAAUUAAUGAGAAAAUAGAAAAAUGUAUGGUCACAGCUAAUAAAAAGCAGAAGUUAUCACAUGCUUGCAUGAGCUGUGAGUUGUUACAGUUUGCUCAGGUAACCUAAACAAAACCGACUAGCCACCAGCACGCAAAUUUAGCAAAGCAAGUAAGGCUGAUUUUAUGAAAAUGAAAACCUGUCCAAAGUAUUUUGCUGCAGUGAGAAUGUUUACUGUGUACUGCUGAGAUCACUGAAUUGUAAAGUUAGGAAAUUCAGUCAGCUAUGCUUAGCCACUGUUUUCAAGUGCAGAGGACAUGCGCUAUAGCUGCUGAGUAGAUCACCUGAAGGUCUUCUAUAAUUGUCAGGAUCGGAAAGCGCCGUACACAUAGUCUUGUUACUUGACUGAAACUGCCACUUUGAUAAAGAUAAAGACCAUCUGCUUGUCAAGGUGCAAACAUGACUUAACUAAGUGAAUUGUGUUGUAAGAGUCACUUGAUAACCAAGAAUGUACAGAAGCUGUCUGUAACUAAGUCUCUGGCUGAAAACAAUGUAAACAGAGCUUGCUAAAGUAAGGUGAAAUGCAUUUGUUGUCAGGUCUCUAUUUGUCACAACCAUUUAGUCACAGUUAGGUGGGUGGUAUCAGUCAUUUACUGUCUUGGACAUAGUCAGGGCUCAAGACUAUCUGCUCACAUCUUCAUGCACUCACUGUUUUCCUAAGCCUGAAGUGUAUCUUAGUCCAUAACAGAUCUACAGUAUUAUAUUGAUGCACCUGGUUCACUGCCUGCAAAUCCUGACUUGCUGGUUUAGUCAGUUCAUGCCUUUUGGGCUAACUGUGUCUAUUAUGAUAGGAUAUUUUUUAUGCAGUUGUUACCAGAGUUUGUAUCAUUCACAAUGCUGUUCAAAAAAGAGGAAUUGGUUAUCUUUCAUCUUAGCAACUUCAGGUACUUGUCUCAUCAAUUUGAGUCACAACUGCUCACAUUUUCUACUUGUGAAAGUUCUCUGUUUGUAUGAAAGUUACAUUUUCAGUUCAUGCAUUCACCCCAAAAUGUCACAUAUUAUAUACAUUCAAGCCUUGCAAGUCUAAUGAUCAAUUAUUAUGUUAUAUAAAUAAACAGCAAUGGGUUGAGCAGCUUUCUUAAGUAAGUAAGGGGCUAAAUUUGGUCCUCGCAGAAGAAGUUCUAUAAUGAUGUAAGAGAUGAAUGAUAAUUAUUGUUGUAUUUCUAUAAAUGCAGUAAGUGUAUUUUUAUUAUACUUUAUCAAUCAUAUAUAACUGUAUGGUUGUCUUUUUGUAACCAUAAAAGCAUUUUAAGGUGUAUUCAAAGAUCCCUUAUUGUGAAAAAGUGAUAUUUCCCACAGCUGACAGGCAACAACAGAGAGAUGAUAACUGCUAACACAUGGAUGGUUGUUGUCUGUGGUCUGAAGAUAGGUUUUAGAAACAGAUUUUUUAUACACAAGAUAUAGAAUUUAUUUAUUUUUUGGAAAUGUAUAAUGCUACAUGACAAUACUUUUAUGAAAGAAAUAAAAAUCAAAUUGCUAUUUUUAUCAACUAA